AUGGCCUUCCUCACCACCAAGCCCUUUGCCUCCGUGGCGCGCCCCACCCCCGCCCGCACCCUCGCCCCCGUCGCCCCGACGACCCUCCGCUCCGUGGUGGUCCGCAGCGACCUCGGCCGCGAGGCUGACCGCGCCGGGCGCGACGUGGAGCGCGGCGUGAACCGCGCUGGCGACAAGGUCCAGGACGCCGCCGGCGACGCCAAGCGCGGGGCCCAGAAGGCUGGCGACCGGGUGUCCGACACCGCCUCUGACCUGAAGGGCAACGCCCAGGAUGCCGCGAAGGAUCUGAAGCGCAGCAGCCAGAAGGGGGCGGACGAGCUGCAGGACCGCGCUGAGGGCGCCGGCGACAAGAUCAAGGGUGCUGCUGAGAAUGUGAAGGAGCGGGCUCAGGAUGCAGUUGAGGGUGUGCGCGACAACAUCAAGGAUGCUGGCAAUGCUGUGUCCGACAAGAUUGAGGACGUCAAGGACAGCUUCAGGAAGUAA